AUGUUUUUUCAUAUUCAUUGUCCAUUGAGACAUUAUGGCCGGUAAUCAUCAUGAUGAUGAUGAUGAUAAAAGUGACCACCGGCCAGAUAUAUGGAUUGAAUCACAAAAAUUAUUGAAAACAUCUUUAAAUGUACAACGUGAACACGGUUAUCUUUAUGGUUAUUCAACAUUAGUGUUUAUUGGUUCACAUUUUGGUGGUAAAAGUUCAAUUAUAAAUCGAUUUAUUGAUCAAACAAAAUCUACCAAUGAUUUAUCUAAAUAUGAAGAAACUAUUGCAUUGGAAUAUCGUUAUUUAUGUAGACAAAUUGAUUCAUCCGCAAUGGAUAAUCGUCUACACAACAACAGGAUCAAUUAUUAUGAAAACAAUAUGAAAAUAUGCAAUAUUUGGGAACUAGGCCAUGAAUUAUUAUUUAUUGAUCUAUUGAAAUUUACCAUCAACAAUCAUACGAUAAUAAAUAAUAAUGUAUCAUUAAUCAUUGUGAUUGAUCUAACACAGCCGAAUAAAAUGGCAACAUUAUUGGACAAUAUAAUAAAAUGGAUUCGUAAACAUUUACAAUCAAUAUUGUCCAUUGAUCAUCAAACAUGUGAACAAAUGCAACAAUUAUCAUUGAAACGUUCAAUUUAUUAUCGUUCUGAUAAUGAAAAUAAUGAAAAUCGGCCAAAAAAUCCAUUAUUAAUACCGGUAACAAUUAUUGGUAGUAAAUAUGAUGAAUAUCAAAAUAUGGAUCCAGAGAUUAAGAAACAAAUUACACGUUAUUUACGGACAAUAUCAUAUGAAUUAGGUGGACAAAUUAUUUAUCAUUCAAAUCGAUCGGAUACAUUAACCAAACGCGUUAAUCAAGCAUUUGAAUCAUUAGCAUUUGAUAGAUUAACAUUUGACCAGGAAGAUCGUAGUAAACCAUCAGUGUCAACAAAUAUAGCCAAACCAAUAUUAUUACCAUUUGGUUAUGAUACAGUGGCUAAAAUUGGUAUUGAAUCAACAUCAACAAUGGAUCAAGUACGACAACAAUUUGAAAAAAUAUUUCCACAAAUAGAUUUGGAACAAUCAUAUCAAAGUACAAUGGGUGAUAUAGAUCCACGUUUUGAUACGAAUUUUGCUGAACCAGAAAUUGAUAAAAUAUUGGAAUAUAAAUACAUGCUAUUAGAUGGUGGUGGUGGUGGUAACAAAAAUCGAACGAAAUAAUAGAUUCGAAAUAUUUUCAUUCAUAUUGGCCAACACUAGAUGGUGGUGUCUCAGUAGACAGUAAUUCAAAUUCAAUCAAAAUCCAAAAAAAAAAUCGAUAAAAUCAAACCACCUGAAUCGAA